GAGGGAGAGGAGUCUGAAGGGAACGACACCUGCAUGAUUUGUUUCGAGCAGUGGACAAACACGGGAGAACAUCGAGUUGUGUGCUUGGGAUGCGGCCAUCUGUUCGGAGCGAGCUGUAUCCAGAAAUGGCUGUCGGAGAGGAAGCAUUGUCCCACUUGUAACCAUGCAGCAAAGCGUCGAGACAUCAGGACUGUAUAUGCUUGCAACUUGGUUGCAGUGGACACGGCAGAA